AUGCUGACAUACUGCCUCUUCGCCUGUUGGUGCUUCAUGUCCCACAGUGAUGCUGCAGUUCAAGGCUCGAAGCCUUUGGCGAUCGUCACGGGCGCGAACACCGGCAUUGGCUUUCAUGUGGCAGAAGACUUGGCUUCCCGCGGCUUCCACGUGAUCCUUGCCUGCCGCAGCCUCGACCGGGGCGCUGAAGCGCUGGCGGCGGCCCAGCAGCGCGGCAGUGCUGAGUUGAGGAGGUUGGACUUGGCCUCCUUUGCUUCCGUCCGCACCUUCGCCUCAGAUCUGCAGACGCAACGCCUUGAUCUGCUGGUUUGUAACGCGGGGAUGAACUCCGCAUCGGCCAAGCAGGAGCCUUCCGAGCAGCUGUCGGAGGACAAGGUCGAUAUCCUCUACCAGACGAACUAUUUGUCUCAUUUCCUGCUGACCUUAUUGCUGCUACCUCUGCUGCGUCGAGCACGUGGUCGGGUGAUCAGCGUCUCCUCAGUGGUCCACCGCUCUGCAAGCCUGGAGGACUUCGACCGGACCCGAGCGGUUCGAGAGCCCUAUGCCUCGCUGUACGGGCUGUCCAAGCUUGCCCAGAUAGUCUCCAGCUAUGCUCUGCAUGCCAGAUAUGGUGAGGAGGUCUCCUUCCAUUGUGUGAAUCCCGGGGGUGUGGGCUCCGACAUUUGGCGCGGCUUUCCGGGUUGGCAACAAAAGAUCUUCUCUACGAUUCUCAUCACCCCAGCUACGGCUGCUAGCACCGUGGUGACGGCUUGCACCUCACCAGAUGCUGCCGCGCCUUGCAAGCCAAGGACCGGGAAUGGCUAUAAGGGUGCUGAUCGAUCGGUCCUACUGGAGUUCUGGAGCCCAUUCCCAGCCCGCGAGCGGCUCGUGGAGUCACAGCCCUCGCAGGAUCAUCAAGACCCACAGCUUGCGGAGAAGCUCUGGGAGCAAAGCCUUUCUGAGAUCCGAGCGGCGGGUGUGGAGCUGGAUGUGCCAUGA